AUUACAGUCGCGAAUUUUAACAUGGAACGAAAGAACUUGUUGCCCGUGAUAUUGUUACUUCUGCUGAAUGUAAUCGGCAGCGGCUCUUACAAAAUACUUGGGAUAUUUCACACACCCUCGAAGUCUCAUUACAUUGCCGGAGGAGCAUUAAUGAAAGGGCUUUCCGAGAAAGGUCAUGAUGUUACCGUAAUUAGUCCGUUUCCUCAAAGUAAGCCGCUAAAAAAUUUAAAUGACGUUGCUGUUAUUGGAAUAGAGCAACUCAUGGAAGGUAUUCCUAUCCUCCUCGUACUUCCGAUACUAGACGAACUCAAGAAAACGUUUUUUUUUUGGCAGAAAACUUUCCAAGUGAUUUGCUGAUAUUCAUAUAAUAUAAGCAUGUUUCAGAAAAUCAAAUAUUAUUUAACGUUUGGUGUAACUAUGACUAACUUCACAUUGAACCACGAUGUUUUCCAAAAUUUUCUUCGUACCAACGAUGUUCACUUCGAUGUGAUCGUAAUGCAAGUAUUCAUGAAUGAAGCCUUCCUCGGCAUUGGUCAUUAUUUCAACGCACCUGUGAUUGGUUUCUCCUCAUUCGGUGCCAACAAAUGGACGAAUGAUAUGGUUGGAACCCCGGCUCCAAUGUCAUAUGUUCCACAUUUGCAAAUUAAAUUUACUGACCGGAUGUCGUUUCCACAACGAGCGAUGAAUGUGAUAGCUUAUGUGUUCGAAUAUUUUUUCACGAAUUGGCUUUAUAUGCCGGAACAAGAGAAGGUCUACGACGCAAUAUUUCCGGAUCCAAAACCGAAACUCGAAGAACUACAGAAGAAUGUUUCACUGGUUCUGCUCAACAAUCAUUUCAGUUUAAGUUUUCCUCGGCCGUACGUACCGAAUAUGAUCGAAGUCGGUGGAUUGCAAAUUAAUCGAACGCCGAAACCGCUUCCAUCAGAUUUGCAAAAACUUAUGGACGAAGCCGUUCAUGGGGUCAUCUAUUUCUCGCUGGGAUCAAACAUUAAAUCAAAACACAUUCCAGCCGACCAUCAAGCCGAAAUUUUGAACGCUUUCCGGAAACUGAAGCAAUCAGUUCUGUGGAAAUGGGACGGACAACUGGCAGAUAAGCCUGACAAUGUUAAUGUGAGCGCUUGGUACCCUCAAGACGAUCUACUAGCGCAUCCCAAUUUGAAAUUGUUUAUCACGCAUGGAGGUUUGCUGAGUCUUACAGAGACCAUUUACCAUGCGGUACCAGUGAUUGGCAUUCCAAUUUUUGCCGAUCAACAUCUCAAUAUGGAAAGGGCUGAGAGUUCGGGAUACGCUAAGUCUAUUCAACUGAAAGACUUAAAUGAGAAGACUCUCUCAUCGGCAAUAGUGGAGCUUCUCACCAACGACAAGUACGCAAAGAAAAUAAAGUUAUUGUCCGAACGGUACCGUGAUCAGCCGUUGACACCACUUGAAACUGCCAUUUACUGGACAGAGUACGUAGCUCGUCACAAGGGUGCACCUCAUCUACGUUCAGCUGGUUUGGAUCUAUCGUUUUUCGCCUAUCAUAGCCUGGACGUAUUCGCUGCGUUUUUCAUUGCUGUAUAUUUGGCAUGGCGAAUAAUAAAAUGCAUCGUUCGUAGAAUUGCGUGCAGGGAGUGGAGAAAAAGUCGUCAGUGCAAUGCAGACGAUAAGAAAAACAAUUAAUUUUUGUAGAAGUAAUUAAUUGUACAAACAUCCACCUAGCGCCUGCGCCUGACUUCUCGUGAUAUUCAAAAC